AAACGUCACAAACAGGAAUGUUCUUCCAAAUUCGCACCGGACGGCGAUUCAGCUUCCCGGAUGGAAAAGGUUGUGACGGAGAAUGAUCAGCUGACUCUUGGAGAAUUAGCAAGUGUCAUGAAGGAAGUAUUGGAUGUUCUCCAGAACUCGACGAUUGCGUCGAAGAGUCGCAAGCAUAAUCGGUCUCGUUUCUGGGGGCUAUACAGACGAGUCGCAGAGGAGCUCGACGACAAGGUUCUCGACCAAUCCUCCAACGACAUGGAUAGUAUCUUGCUCUUCUCUGGUAUUUUCUCCACUGUCAGCUCAGCCUUCAUUGUCGCAAUGGAGUCUAAUCUCAGUCCCGACCCCAGCGACACCACGAAUGCCCUUUUGAAGCAACUCGUGCAGAUCGGACUCGGCAACCUCACCGCAGCAGACUCCACGCCCGCAGACCCACCAUCUCCGUGGUCACCAUCUGCAGCGGCUGUCAGGAUCCAAAUGAUUGCAUACGCGAGCUUGUCCAUGAGCUUGUUAGCAGCAUUUGGGGCCGUCCUAGGCAAGCAAUGGCUCGGGUACUACAGGUCACACAAAUAUGGUCGCGGCUCGCUAGAGGACCAAGGAAGGCGCAGACAAGAGAAAUUUGACGGCCUCGUGACAUGGCAUUUCGAUGCUGUCGUUCAGUUCUUUACCGUUUUGCUUCAGAUCUCCCUUCUUCUCUUUGAGAUCGCCCUCAGCGCCCAAAUGUGGUACGAGCAGCCGAGUAUCGCUUGUGUAAUCAUUGCCGCAAUGGUCUCCGGAUUUCUGUUCUAUCUGCUGACAGUGAG